CCCGUCUAGAAAGUGAGUAGUCUGUGGAAACAGACAACCUCACGGAGGUUGGCUGAAUUUUCGCAAAGUGAAUUUCACUGAAAUAUUAGAUAUUAUUUUCCUUGCCUUACCUUUGGGUGAUGAGAGAUUCGCGUUAUUAUUGAGUCGCGUGUCCGAAAGUGAAACGGAUUGUAGCACGUUAUUUGGUGUAGGUAAUUUGCUACACUUUAAAAAAAUAUACAGCGCUUCACAAAAUAAGAUAUCAUGGCGGUACCUACUACCGGUGUAGUUGUGCCUCGAAACUUUCGUUUACUAGAGGAAUUAGAACAAGGUCAGAAGGGUGUAGGUGAUGGCACAAUCAGUUGGGGAUUGGAGAACGAUGAUGACAUGACCCUUACACAUUGGACUGGGAUGAUAAUUGGACCACCUAGAACACCAUAUGAAAAUAGGAUGUAUAGUUUGAAAAUUGAUUGUGGACAAAGAUAUCCAGAUGAUGCACCUAAUGUAAGGUUUCUAAGCAGGAUUAAUAUGAAUUGUAUUAACAGUACUACUGGUGCGGUGGAUAAUCGCAGUGUACCAGUACUUGCUAAGUGGCAACGAGAAUACACAAUUAAGACAGUUCUGCAAGAGCUCCGUCGUUUGAUGACAUUAAAGGAAAAUAUGAAACUGUCUCAGCCUCCAGAAGGUAGCACCUUUUAGCCUAACCACAUGUAAACUCAACACCUCUUCCUUUUUGUGGUAGCAUGGGGCGAGAUUUAAUCAAGGUACCAAAUAAUAUUAAAUGGGUACCUAAUAAAGACGUAUGCUAUGAGGUAACAUCUGUAUAAAAAAAAAGAGGGUGAUAAUGACUAUAAAAAGUUGAAUCAGUGUUUCCAAUUUACAGAAAUAUUUACUUACAAAAUUUUAAAAAAUAUUUCUUUUUACAUAUUAUUUUGUAAUUUUAGAGCACAUUUCAUGUACAUGUAAAAUUGUUACUAUACUUUUAAUACUGUAUUGUAAAGAUAUGCCCUUGCAUUGUAUUUAAGAAAAUACUGUUUCAGCUUUUCAAGUUAAUACAAUCUAAAACAAGAGUCAUAUUUUGAAUCUUAAAAACUGGAAACACAGACUAUGUAAUAAAAGUAAUAAUCAGUAAGAACAA